AUGGCGUGGGAGGAUGAGAACCUUGACCGGAAUGGGCUCCCCUGCAUGAAGGAGUGGGGUGAUCAGUCCAUUGGUCAACAGGUGAACUCUUUGAGGCCCAGCUCAGCAAGGUACUCCUUUGCGAGGGCAAGAAAUCGGUCGCUUUGGGCGCAGGAGAAUACACCUGGCCCUGGAGCAUAUGACUUGAAGGACUAUGCUGCUGCACUGACCUGUGCUUCCAAAAGCAUGGGCAGCCGUCCUCAAAGCGCGAAGACACCCAGGCGAACGCCGAGGGACGAGCGAGACGAGUAUCGGCAGGAGGGCCUAUCUUACCCAACUGAAGCGUGGGAGUGCACGACAGCGGCCACACCGCGGAAGUAUAUGGUCUUUGGCACCGAGUCGCGAGAAGCACAGGUAUUUGACAUGGACCUCAUGAAGGAAUGCGCUCACGUCAGGUAUGGACAUGCAGGUCCAGGACUCAUCUACGAUCCAGAUGACAGGAGGGUGCGACCAUCCUCAGCACAACAUACCUUUCCCAGAUCGAACAAAUCUUUUUCGGAGGCUCAUUCUGUCACUGAUAGAGUGGCGCCCUCAACCUACCAGCGCGACCAGGAUUCCAUUGCCACUAAGCAGGCAAAUUCCAAAAGAAGGACAUCGCAAGCAUUCUCUUUCAGCAGAGCUUCGCGCUUUCUGGGGCAGUUGGAGCCCUUCAAUGUCGGAGAGCAGACGGAAGGUUUUCCUGCAAGCCUCGACAAGUGUUUUGUAAGCUGUUGGCACAAAGGCGCUGCUUUUGGGCCGUAG